AUGGCUAUCCGUGUGCCAAGAAUUAUGCAUGCUAAGCGGAUUCUUGGUCAUUCUAAACUGGUCUCGUACUCUCAAACUCCAACAUCAACGGAUGUUCCCAAAGGAUACAUUGCAGUGUAUGUUGGGGAGAGCCAAAAGAAGAGAUUUAUAGUUCCAAUCUCAUUCUUGAAUCGGUCUUUUCAGAAGUUGUUAAGCAUAGCUGAGGAAGAAUUUGGAUUCAAUCAUUCAAUGGGUGGUCUCACAAUUCCUUCCAUAGAAGAGGUUUUUGUUGAUCUAACAUCAAGCUUGCAUUAG